AUGGCGUCUUCUUCCUCCUCCUUAUCCGUCAUUACCUUCCUCCUCCUCGUGCCUCUCUGUUUUUCACGUGAGUCACCUUCGCAACUCCCAAACGGAACCUUAGACCUCUCCUUACUCUGGUACGGACAAUUCACGCCGAUCCAAAAAGAGAGGGUUCAGGAUUUCAUAGAAUCGCUUAACUUCGACGCCAAGGAAGGUCUUGACCCGAAGGUUUCUUCGUGGUGGAAAGUGGUGGAGAGUUAUCAAGAGAGCUAUGAGGUUAAGGAGAUUUACCGACAGAAGGAGAAGAGUAACAAAACCGUAGCUCCGAGGAUCAUCAAGGUGAAGGUUGUCCGGAGUUAUGUAGAUGAGAAGAUGAAGUAUGGAACGGACUUGACUAUCGAUAAUGGUGAGAAACUGGUUGAGACGGCCAUCGGAAAUAUGUCCAAAGUGGUUCCCGUUGUAUUACUUGCCGCAGAAGUUAAGGCUCAUGGCGUAGGGUUUUGUAAAGGGACUUGCCAACAAUACGCGCUCCAUACUAUUAAAGGUCAAAAGAAACCACAACCGUACAUAAUGGUGAGCAACCCGGAGUUGCAAUGUCCCGGAGAGUGCGCUUGGCCAUUCCACAUGGCCGACAAGGGUCCACAUGGCAUGACAUAUCAACCGCCAAGUGGCGAACUCGGAGCCGACGCAUUGGUCAUUCAGCUAGCCACCGGUUUAGCCGAUUUAGUCGCCAAUCCAGCUUCAACCGAAUCCUUGUUCAAAUCUGAGCUACCGUAUAACAACGCCGAUGGAAACCAUAGCUCUUCCACGUAUAUCUUGGACCCUGCAACCCUGUGCACUCGGGUUUUUGGAUCCGGAGCUUUUCCGGGUUUUACCGGUAAAAUUAGGAUCGACCCGCUGACUGGUGGAGCCUUUAACUCGCAUGGAAUCAACCACUUGAAAUUCUUGAUUCCUUCCGUUUGGGACCCUAAGACCAAAUCUUGCUGGACUCCUAUGUAA